UGGCACUAGGCCAAGCAUAAGCAACUUCCUGUUUCUUCAUCAAAUUCCAAUUAAAGAUGGAGCAAACCAAGUAUAGGAUGGAGCUUGUAUUGCUUCUUGGCCUCAUUUCCAUGCUCAGCUUCAUUCCAGCUUCAAUUGCUGCAGAGGAAGGCCAAGAGCAUGACAACUUAACAACCUACAUUGUUCAUGUAAAAAAGCUAGAGAUUGAAGGUCCUCUUCAAUCCACAGAAGAGUUGCAUACCUGGCACCACUCAUUCUUGCCAGAAACCUCCAACAAGGACAGAAUGGUUUUCUCUUACCGCAACGUAGCCUCAGGAUUUGCGGUGAGAUUGACCCCAGAAGAAGCCAAUGCUCUGCAAGAGAAGGAGGAAGUUAUGUCAAUCCGUCCCGAGAGGACUCUUUCACUGCACACAACUCACACUCCAAGCUUCUUGGGUUUGAGACAAGGACAAGGACUGUGGAAUGAUUCCAACCUUGGCAAAGGUGUUAUAAUUGGAGUCAUAGACACAGGCAUAUACCCUUUUCACUUAUCCUUCAAUGAUGAAGGAAUGCCGCCUCCACCUGCAAAAUGGAAAGGCCAUUGUGAAUUCACAGGGGGCUCAGUGUGCAACAACAAGCUCAUUGGUGCGAGAAAUCUAGUCAAAAGCGCAAUCCAAGAGCCUCCUUAUGAAGAUUUCUUCCAUGGAACUCACACUGCCGCAGAGGCUGCUGGCAGAUUUGUUGAGGGUGCAAGUGUUUUUGGCAAUGCUCGUGGCACAGCAGCUGGUAUGGCACCCGAUGCUCAUUUAGCAAUAUACAAAGUUUGCAGCAGCAAAGUGAAAGAUGAAUGCCCUGAAAGUGCUAUCUUAGCUGCUAUGGACAUAGCCAUUGAGGAUGGUGUGGAUGUUCUUUCCCUCUCUCUCGGUUUAGGCUCUCUCCCAUUCUUUGAAGACCCAAUUGCAAUUGGUGCUUUCGCCGCAACUCAAAAAGGAAUCUUUGUUAGUUGUUCUGCUGCAAAUUCUGGCCCUCACUACAGCUCUCUGUCAAACGAGGCGCCGUGGAUUCUCACAGUGGGAGCAAGCACCAUUGAUAGAAAAAUCUCAGCAUCAGCAAAGCUUGGAAACGGUGCAGAAUAUGAAGGGGAAACAUUGUUCCAACCCAAGGACUUUUCUUCUCAAUUGUUACCACUCGUGUAUGCUGCUGCCGAAGAAAACAACUCCUCUGCCUUAUGUGCACCAGGAUCCUUACGGAACAUCAAUGUCAAGGGAAAGGUGGUGGUGUGUGACCUUGGUGGAGGAAUCCCAUUUAUUGCAAAAGGUCAAGAAGUUCUAGAUGCAGGUGGUUCUGCCAUGAUACUUGCUAACAUAGAAAACUUCGGCUUCACUACCUUGGCCAAUGCUCAUGUUCUCCCAGCUGUGCAUGUCAGUUAUGCUGCUAGCUUAGCUAUCAAAGCUUACAUAAACUCAACCUACACACCAACCGCAACAGUUUUAUUCCAAGGAACCAUAAUUGGUGACUCUCUAGCUCCUUCUGUUGCUGCAUUUUCUUCCAGGGGUCCAAGCCAGCAAAGCCCAGGGAUUCUAAAACCUGACAUCAUUGGUCCGGGAGUGAACAUUCUUGCUGCAUGGGCUGUGUCUGUGGACAACAAGAUCCCAGCUUUUGACAUAAUUUCAGGCACUUCAAUGUCAUGUCCUCACCUCAGCGGCAUUGCUGCGCUGCUAAAAAGCGCUCACCCUGAUUGGUCCCCGGCUGCUAUCAAAUCAGCAAUCAUGACAACUGCUAACACACUUAACCUUAGAGGCUUGCCCAUACUUGAUCAAAGGCUUCAACCUGCUGACAUAUUUGCCACUGGUGCUGGCCAUGUUAACCCAGUAAGAGCAAAUGAUCCAGGGCUUGUUUACGAUAUCCAGCCAGAGGAUUAUGUUCCUUACUUGUGUGGUUUGGGUUACUCAGACAGAGAAGUUACAAUCAUUGUGCAAAGGAGUGUGAGAUGUUUCAAUGUGAAAAGCAUAGCACAAGCAGAACUCAAUUACCCCUCAUUUUCUAUUCUGUUGGGGUCUGAUUCACAGUUCUACACCAGAACGUUGACAAAUGUUGGACCUGCUAACUCAACUUACACUGUGAAAAUUGAUGUGCCUUUGGCCAUGGGUAUCAGCGUGAGUCCUAGUCAGAUCACCUUCACGCAGGUGAACCAGAAGGUUGCAUACUUUGUGGAUUUUAUCCCACAAAUCAAAGAAAAUAGAGGCAACCAUACUUUUGCUCAGGGUGCUAUCACGUGGGUGUCUGAUAAACACGUUGUUAGGACCCCAAUCUCUGUCAUUUUCAAGUGAUACAUUAAUUUAUGCAUGAAGAUAGAGAGGGUGCUGCUCAAGAAAUAAAGAAGAGAAUGAAAUCAAUAUGCCUAGGAAAAUUCAUAGGCUUCUCUUGUUUGUAGGAGUUCAUUUAUUCACUGUCAAUUAAUUUGUUAAAAUAACGCUUUUGAAAUGUACACAUCACUUCUUAAGCUGCAAGUAGAGAGAUAAGGUUAAAGUUAAGAUUCAUAUUCAAAUGACUGCAUCACUUCCUUGAUCUAAAUUCUAAUUGAUACAUUUGCCAAGUGUUUCCCGGUCCA